CCUAAGCUGUUUGUUGUCAGAGCAAGCAAUGGAGCAGGAAGAAAAGCAACAGCGCAGUCGCCACGUAGCAGAUUAUCAGCGCCUGAGAGAAGUUCGUGCAGCUGCUCAGCUCAAAAAUCUCGAGGACUUCCUUAGGAUGAACCACAUUUCACUUAGGGACAGUGUGUCUUACACCACUGGCAUGAUUUACAGAAAUCUUGGUAAAUCAGGGCUCAGAGUAUCCUGCCUUGGAUUAGGAACUUGGGUUACCUUUGGAGGUCAGGUCACAGAUGAGGUGGCAGAAGAACUCAUGACAAUAGCAUACGAGAAUGGAAUCAACUUGUUUGACACAGCUGAAGUCUAUAACUCUGGAAAAGCUGAAGCUGUCUUGGGAAGUAUCCUAAAAAAGAAAGGAUGGAGGCGCUCCAGUUUAGUUAUCACCACCAAAAUCUUCUGGGGUGGAAAAGCAGAAAUGGAGAGAGGAUUAUCUAGAAAACAUAUACUUGAAGAGACAGUAAGAGCAAUGACCUAUGUGAUCAACCAAGGCAUGUCCAUGUACUGGGGUACAUCACGAUGGACCUCAAUGGAGAUCAUGGAGGCAUACUCCGUGGCACGACAGUUCAACAUGAUCCCUCCAAUUUGUGAACAGGCAGAGUACCACAUGUUCCAAAGAGAAAAGGUUGAAGUGCACCUUCCUGAACUCUUCCACAAGAUAGGCAUUGGAGCUAUGACAUGGUGUCCACUGGCUUGUGGGAUCAUCUCAGGGAAAUAUAACAAUGGAAUCCCUCCUUAUUCACGUGCUUCACUUAAGGGUUAUCAAUGGCUAAAAGACAAGAUCCUAAACGAGGAGGGGCACCGCCAGCAGGUGAAGCUAAAGGAGUUGCAGGCAGUUGCUGAAAGAAUAGACUGCACUCUUCCCCAACUGGCUAUUGCCUGGUGCCUUAGAAAUGAAAGGGUAAAUUCUGUCCUGUUGGGAGCUUCCAGAACUGACCAACUGAUGGAGAAUAUCAGAGCAAUACAGGUUCUUCCAAAGAUGACCCUUUCCAUCGUGUCUGAGAUGGAUUGCAUCUUAGGAAACAAGCCAUAUAAUAAAUAG